UCGGCAAAACAGGAAUGGACGAAUAUGAAAUUUAUUUUAGUUUCCAUUUGAUCGGUUUAAGUGAGGUGUUUGUAAUAUGACGGAUAUGUCGGACGAGACAUGUGAGACACUUCCAUCUGAAAUACAUUUAACGAAAGAGGAAUACGACGAAUUGGGUAGGUUACAGAGGACUUGCAAUGGGGAAGUAGCAGUCAAUAAAUGUGAGGGUUCUUGUAAAAGUCAAGUCCAACCAUCAGUUAUAACUCCAACUGGAUUUUUAAAGGAAUGUUACUGCUGUAGGGAGAGCUUCCUCAGAGAAAGAAUAAUAACACUGUCUCACUGUUACGACCCAGAUGGCGUAAGGCUAACCAAUGAAGGUACAAAUUCGAUGGAUGUAAAACUGAGGGAACCAUCUGACUGCAAAUGUUAUAAAUGUGGAGAUUUUAGCCGAUAAUCCUGCAUAGCUAACCAUUAUAAAAUAAUUUUGGUUGUAAAUUACUUCUUUAGGCUUGUAGUGUGAUAAGAACUUGUAUAGAUAUAUUUUGCAAAAACCAA